AUGCAUAAACUGUAUAACCAGGUUACACGGCUCUUGCCAUUAGGAAGAAAGGUUGCUCGGGCAAAGGCGUGAGUCCUCUUAACCUGUCGCACUUCGAUCGCAGGACCAGAGAGGCUUUAUCAAGCUGUGAAUGAGUUUGACACCAUGACUGCUGAGGACUCCACUGCAAGGAUGAGCAGCGAUUCCUCCAAUGUGGCUACCACGAAAGUACCUGAAGGUGUUGCCGGUGCACCUAAUGAGGCAGCUCUGCUCGCCCUCAUGGAGCGCACUGGAUAUACCAUGAUCCAGGAGAACGGGCAACGCAAGUAUGGCGGCCCUCCUCCAGGGUGGGAAGGCCUGCACCCUCCUCGGGGCUGCGAAGUCUUUGUGGGUAAAAUCCCCCGCGACGUCUACGAAGAUGAGCUCGUCCCUGUGUUCGAGACCGUCGGCCGCAUCUACGAAAUGCGCCUGAUGAUGGACUUUGAUGGGAAGAACCGCGGCUAUGCCUUCGUGAUGUACACGCAGAAGCAUGAGGCAAAGCGUGCCGUCAGGGAGCUGAACAACUAUGAAAUCCGCCCUGGCAGGCUGCUUGGUGUGUGCUGCAGUGUGGAUAACUGCCGGCUCUUCAUAGGAGGCAUUCCCAAGAUGAAGAAGAGAGAGGAGAUCCUGGAAGAGAUCGCCAAGGUGACGGAAGGUGUGCUGGAUGUCAUUGUGUAUGCCAGCGCCGCAGACAAGAUGAAGAACAGAGGCUUCGCCUUUGUGGAGUAUGAGAGCCAUCGAGCAGCAGCUAUGGCCAGGAGGAAACUCAUGCCGGGAAGGAUCCAGCUGUGGGGACACCAAAUUGCUGUUGACUGGGCAGAACCAGAGAUAGAUGUGGACGAAGAUGUCAUGGAGACUGUUAAAAUCCUCUAUGUAAGGAAUUUAAUGAUUGAGACCACAGAGGACACCAUUAAAAAGGUCUUUGGGCAGUUUAACCCUGGCUGUGUAGAGCGGGUGAAAAAAAUACGUGAUUAUGCCUUUGUGCACUUUACAACCAGGGAAGAUGCCAUUCACGCCAUGAACAACCUUAAUGGUGUCGAACUGGAAGGCUCAUGCCUGGAGGUUACCUUGGCCAAGCCAGUAGACAAGGAGCAGUACACUCGCUACCAGAAAGCAGCAAAAGGAGGGGCCGCAGCAACGCCUGAAGUAACUCAGCAACCUAAUUAUGUUUACUCUUGUGAUCCGUACACGCUAGCGUAUUAUGGAUAUCCGUACAAUGCCUUGAUCGGGCCCAACAGAGAUUACUUUGUGAAAGCAGGCAGCAUACGAGGCAGAGGGCGAGGUGCAGCUGGCAACAGAGCCCCAGGCCCCAGGGGCUCCUACCUGGGAGGAUACUCCGCCGGCCGUGGCAUCUACAGCAGGUACCACGAAGGCAAAGGCAAACAGCAAGAGAAAGGAUAUGAGCUGGUACCCAACUUGGAGCUACCUGCGGUCAAUCCAGUGGCUAUUAAGCCAGGUGCAGUGGCCAUCCCUGCCAUCGGUGCCCAGUACUCCAUGUUUCAGGCCGCACCACCAGCCAAGAUGAUGGAAGAUGGCAAAAUCCACACUGUUGAACACAUCAUCAACCCUAUAGCCGUCCAGCAGGACCCAGCUAGUGCAGCGGCAGCAGCAGCGGCCGCAGCUGUAAUACCAGCUGUCUCAACGCCUCCUCCCUUCCAGGGCCGCCCCAUCACACCGGUGUACACUAUGGCUCCCAAAGUGCAGCGGAUCCCCCCCAUGAGCCCCAAGAAGUAUGAGGUGACGUACAUCAGGCUUGGCAUGUAUGUCAAAAAUGAAAGAUGA